AUGCAGGACUCGAUUGGGGCUGGCGCCAGAUAUAUCGUACACGGCGAUAUCUUUGAGUUAAGUACGUCUGACCCAGAGAAACGCCCGCUACCGCACAUCUACUUCUUCCAGGUGCGAUACGCAAUGCAGCACAUAUUUGCCGGUAUAAAAGCCGCCGGAGCCCCUCAAGCUAUCUUUGGCGACGACCCCCCCGACGAUAACACACCAGGUUCGGUUCGAGAUGAGACAUUUUUGCCUACCGACUGGGACGAUAUGCUCCGAGAGGCUCUCGAGCUCGGCAUCUUGAAUAGUAUUCAGGUCAGCCAACCUACCAAGACGGGCAGCGGGACUUGUAGUCUUAAGGAGAAGGAGAAGGAGGAACGUCUAUUAAUAAAGCAGAGCAAGCAUGACGAUGGCUACGAGGAGCAGAAGGGGAUGCCGGAGGGAAGAGAGAAGGGAAAGCAGAAGAUAAGUAUCAGUACGGACAAGGACAAGGGCACUGACCAUAGCGAGGGGGAGGCGCUUAUGCUCACGCCCAAGCUCUCCAAGCUGAGCCUCAAGGGAAGCUACCGCAGGCUCAAGGAGGUGCCGGGCAAGUUCAAGCGAUCUCGAGUUGCGUCGUUAUUCCACAAACCGAAAGAAGAGGAGCGCGUUGGAGAACAGGAGUUGUAG